CUGAGCCUCCCUUGGAGCAUGCGCAGUGGCCGUCAGGCCGCUUAUCACAGCCCCGGUGGAAGUUCAGCGACGUGGCGGUGAGGAUUGAAGGGACGCGUUGGGGGGAUAUAUCAAAGAUGGAGGAAACUGAAACUACGGAGGUACCCGAGGAUAAAGAAUCUUUAAUUUCAGAAGAAAGUUUAAGUGUUGCAGCCAACGGAGGGGAAAGCAAUAAAAAUGAUGUAUCAUUGCAGCACUCCAAGUCUGAACAUGAGACAAACACUACAGACAAUUCCCAAACUGAGGACCACGAGUCUGCAGAAAGGAAACUUCAAAUUAAUGAAAGUAAAGGCAAGAAUUCCAUCAGUAUGACAAGAAAGAGACCAGAAUCAAAAGGAUCCACUCCUGGGAUAACUGAACAGCAACCCUCGGAGCUUGAUGACAAGCCAAAGGUUGUCUCUGAUCAGGAGGCAGGAAGUUGGGGCUACUGGGGCAAUUGGGGGAAGUCACUGCUUACUACAGCAACAGCCACAGUUGCAUCUGUUGGUCAUGGAAUUUCCCACGUGAUUGAAAAAGCCGAGUCCUCUCUUGGGAUUCCCAGCCCUACGGAGGUUUCAGCAGAAACAAGACUGUCUGAAGGGGACAAAGAAAACUCUGAAGAAGGCCCUAAAACUGAAAGUGGAACCUCCUCCCCAACCAGUGGAGCGUUUGGGGUGUUUUCUACCAUAACAAGUGCAGUACAAAGCACGGGAAAAACUGUACUAAGUGGUGGUUUGGAUGCUCUUGAGUUCAUUGGUAAAAAAACCAUGGACGUUAUCGCAGAAGGAGAUCCUGGAUUCAAGAAAACACGAGGCCUAAUGUAUAGAACAACCACAUUAUCCCAGGUUCUGCGGGAAGCGAAAGAAAGAGAAGAACAACAACAGCAACAAUAUCAAACAGCUGAUGAAUGUUCAACAGCUGCAGAAAAGAAGGCUAAUUAUGGAAUUUUGUUCGAUGAGUUUCAAGGUCUGUCCCAUCUGGAAGCAUUGGAGAUUUUGUCAAAUGAAAGUGAAGUAAAGGUUAAAUCAGUGAUUAAUUCUCUGUCUGGAGAAGAAGUUGAAAAGCUGAAGGAGGAGUUGGAAACAAUUACAGAAGCGUUUUCUUCGUUUGAAUUUGAUGAUGAGGAAGAAGUGGAGAGUGAAGGAGAUGAUGGGUCUAGAUUUGUGGAAGAAAUGUCUGAGUUGUUAUCAGAGCUGCAUUUAGCUGUAACAUCUGAUAAAAUAGGCAAAGUGAGAAAGAACGCGAAUGAAUGCAUAAUUGAAGUAAGGUCUCAAAUAGAAAUUAUAUCAGAAGAACAAGAGAAAAAAGACCAAGAUGAGAAGUCUCCAUGUGAUGGCUUGAAUAAAGAUCACAAAGUUUCAGUUGCGAAUAUCCAUACAUCAGCUGUAAGAAGUUUGGCUGAGCUCACUGCUCGAUCCAUUGAACAGUUCCAUAAAGUGGCAGUACUAAUUCUUCACAGCCAGAACCAAGACGUGGGGGCAUUGGAUCGUGCCAAAACUCUGUCUAAAUUGACUGUCGUCUUGUGUAAGGAAAUGGCUACUCUUUCGAAACAGUUUACUACUUGUUUAACAAUAAUAGGGGCUAAAGAGAAAGUUGACAUUCUUAAUCCAUUAAUUACUGGAGUAUUUUUGGAGGCCUCCAAUAGUGCAACAUACAUCCAGGAUGCAUUCCGGCUUCUACUUCCAGUUCUUCAAAUUUCUCAAAUCCAGACCAGCUUGAACACAGCUGCGCAAUGACUCAUUUAACUAACUUUCCAUGACAUAAAAAGUUUGCAUGAAUUGUCUGCCAAAAAUUCAGUCGCUGGUGUGGAUUCCUUUAGGAUGCCUUUUGUAACACUUAAAACAUGUUUUUUGUUGAGAGAUGGGAUUUAACAGAGAGCAGGGAAAAGGUAAGUAGCUUACCUCUGCAUAAAAAGUAAAUAGCUUUUCUCUAUUAAAAAAAACGCCACUAUUAUAAGAAUGCACUAAGAUAUUUGUGUCAUAAUCUCCAGCAUAUGAUCUUUCUGUCCAAAUUUUCACAAACUUUGUUUUAGUUUUUCUAUGCAUGAAAGAAAACUUAAUGUUUCUCAUAAUUCCUACCAGAUUGACUUUUCAUGGAACUAAAAUUUGUAGCUGUAUAAUAGCAAUAAGUUAUUUUUCAUUACAGAUCUUUAUACAGAAUUAAAUGUAUAUUGGCUUACACUAUAUGUAAAUCGUAAAAUAAUUCAGAAAAUGUUUGUGGAAAUAGUCUACCACGUUUAUUUCUGAUUUUGCCAGUCAUCACUGGCUGGUCAUUUAACUAAAUGCAAUUUUAUGCACUUUUUUUUGUAAUCACUGUCUCCCAAACUUUCCAAAGAAAUUCACAACAGUGAAAUCGAUGCUCCUCAUUUGUGAAUCUGCUACAUACCACUCCAACUCCAUGGAAAGUGGUGCAGCUGGUAGACCUGCUUUCUCAUAGCACAAGAGACUCUAAUGCAGUUCAGACCUUGGGUGCUGCCUGCGAAGCGUUUGCACGUUUUCCCUGUGAGCUGCAGCUUCCUCCCACAUUUGUUAAUUGGCUGCUGUAAGUAGUAAAUUGAUGGAAAAGUGCAAUAAAGUGUGGACUCAGUGGGCUGAAGGACCUGUUUCCAUGCUGUACCUUUCAAUCAAUCAAUACACCUUGUGCUUAAACACAAUGGCUUGUUGUUUGAAAAAUGUACUGUGCAUUUAAAAAAUUCUCAGUGGAAGAUGUGAUUUAUAAAUGCAAGGGUCGAUUUAAUUCCUUAAGUUGUUUUGGUAUAAGCCCAGGGAAAAUAUAUUUCUGACAUCUAUAAAACUUGUGUCAUAAGACUAAUUUCCACCAAAACCUAGAUGUGGGUGAGAAUUACAAUGAGUUCUAUUAUUUUGCAUAUUUAGCAGCAAUCCUUUACCAUCUUAAAGUCAGUUUAACACUUAAACUAUGAACAACCGUGUCCUAAUCGCAAAAUGCAAUUAUUAGGUAGAGUUUAAAUGUAUUUGCAAUUUUAUGCAAUUGACAGCCAUCAGAGUAGAGAAAUACAUAAGAUUCUCUUAGGUAUUUAGUAAUCUCAAGUAAUGUCAGUGGUUUCCAAUGAUGUACUUUUCUCAUAAUUAAAUUUAAAAACCUGGAGCAUUAUAAUGUAUUGACCGCUAUUUAGGUAUUUUGUGCCUUUUGAGAACCUUUACUUGAGUAUCUCCUGUUUUAAAAAGUGCAAAUAAUUGUUUCAUGACCUUUUUGGCAUUUUUUUUAAAUAUUAAAAGCUUUAGAAUGCUCCCUCAGUAACAAUGAAUUUGUUGUUUUUUUUUUAAUUUACUAAUUAAUUUUGGUCAAUUGUGAUUUAUUCAGGCAUGAGUAAUUUGCAUAUUUAUUUUAAGCCACUACAUGUAGUAUUUAUUUAAUUAGGCUGUCUUAAUAAAUCAGUUGUGCAUGAGAUAUUAGUGAAUUGUGGCUGUCAGUUUACAUGUUGAAAUCUAUCUGUUGAAUUUGAGUGUCACCUAACUAGUUUAUGUUUAGAGGAUUAAUAUAUCAGAGAUUAAUUGGCUCGGGCCACAAAAGCAAAGUUGCACCUAUUUUAAACGUAUCAUGUUGUGGCAUCUUUCUACAUUUAUUCAUCACAAAUUUCCUUGUCCAUAAUUGUAAUAGAAAUUGUCUUGGUGAAACCUCAAAACUUCAGGGUGACUUUGUUCUUUACAGUAAGUUAAAUUCCUCAGAUGUAGCCACUGAAACUCAAUUGUCUUGUGGCAAGAUGUCAAGAAUGGCAAUAUGGGUUGAGAGAUAAAUGGUGUUCAGAACACUCUGGAGGGCACCCUGAUUCUUCAGAUGAUGCCAUAGAACUUGAACAUUUGAGAAUGUCUGCGUUUAACGUCUCAACCAAAAGACAUUCCCUUUGACGGAAUGUUUAAGAAAAAACUGCAGAUGCUGGAAAAAUCGCAGGUAGACAAAAAUGCUGGUGAAACACAGCGGGUGAGGCAGCAUCUAGGAGAAACUCAGUGGGUGUCAGCCUCACCCUUUGACAGAAUAAUACCUUUCAUGACACUUAAGAGUCUGCCAAGAAUAAGUGCUCGGGGUGUGAAAUGUGGCUGGAGUCUGCAACCAUCUUACUCUGAUAGAAUUGCAACCACUUAUAACUUGUCAUGCUGUGAUUACGGUGUCCGUGAUGCUGAGGCACCAGAUGUGAAUCCUGUAAACUACGUUUCCUAAAUUCCAGUUGAUAGUUAUUUUUUGGUUUCAAUCGAUCAGAUUACUGAAACCUAAAUGAGAUCUGUGAGAAGUCCAACUUCAGCCUAGCAGCUCAUCAGCUCAAUGGUGCCUUGUCCAACUGUUGGAAACUUUGGAGAUCCAAGAUUUUUCAAUUCAUAGGUCACUGUGUAUUGAAACAUCUGUGAUUGAAGAGAGAAAUUGGUGUCUGUGGAUCAGUUUUGUAGACUGUCAAGGAAUGGCAGCAAAGAUCAGGGUAGGAUCAUCACCACAAUGCUACGUAGGAUAAUCAUUAUUUUUUAUAAUUGGGGGGGGGGUUAGGGUUUUUAAUACACCCUUUCUUCCAGUAUAUUGACAUGAAAACUUGCAAUGGCUGUCUCAAUAAAAGGAGGGGCGACUGAGCAUGCCAAAUCAGGACAAAAUGAAGAAACCCAUGCAAGCAAUUCCAUGCUCCUCACUAGUGAGGACCAAGCAUCACACAUCAGCAUUGUGGUGGUUCAACAUUUGAAUGCCCCAAACCAAGCCCAUGGGCACUGCUCCGAGGCCCAACCUACCAAACUGUGGGUAAAUCAUCAGAGCAACAACCUGCCCGAUUAAUAGUUGGUGAAUAUAAAUUAUUAAUAAAUAUAAAUACGGUUUUAAAAUGUGCUGCUGUUCACUUACAUUAACUGUAAUUUACAUUGUUUGGUCAUUAAAAUGGAAAUACAUUUAG